AUGUCGAAAACGAGCUAUGCAUAUGAAAAGCGCAAUGCUGAGAAGCGGCCUGUGAUGGAUGUCUUCGCGAUUCCUCCCCCGCCUGCUUUUCCAGAUGGUGGCUUUCAGGCAUGGGGCACCGUCUUGGGCUCGUUUCUGAUAAUGUUCUGUGGCUUUGGAUAUAGCAGCUCAUUUGGCGUCUACCAAGACUUGUAUGUUCGCGAGUAUCUCUCACACUCAUCUCCCUCCGCGAUUUCCUGGAUUGGCAGUGUGAACAUCUUCAUCAUACUUGCAGGUGGUUUUAUCACUGGAAGACUACAUGACCGAGGAUACUUCUAUCCUUUGAUUUAUGUCGGCUCGUUUCUUGUAGCCCUAUCGCUCUUUAUGCUCUCCCUUGCCCAGCCGAAUCAACUCUACCAAAUUUUGCUCGCGCAAGGCAUCGCCAACGGUGUUGGCGCAGGAAUGACUUAUAUCCCUUGCAUCGCCAUUGUCUCUCAACAUUUUUCACCCAAACGACGCGCUCUGGCCAUGACAAUCAUUGCAUCUGGCUCUUCCCUUGGCGCCGUUGUUCAUCCGAUCAUGCUGAAUAAUCUCCUUCCUCGUCUUGGUUUUGGCAAUACUGUUCGGGCGAGUGCAGGGUUAGUCUCUGGGCUUUUGACCAUUGCUUGCUGUCUCGUGCGAACACGACUACCGCCGCCGAAGACCUCGAUUAACGUUCGGAGUCUAUUGCUGAAAAUAGUGAAAGAUGGCCCUUAUCUCGCUGCGACGCUAGGCCUUGCAAUCUAUACCAUCGGCUUCUACUAUCCACUUUUCUACCUCCAGCUAGACGCCAUCCAGCAUGGACUCGAUCCUACAUUUGCGUUCUAUUCGCUGGUCAUCAUGAACACGUCCUCAUUUGUCGGCCGUCUCGCUCCCGGCUUCGUGGCCCAUCGGUUUGCAGUACAGCGAAUGAUUACCGUGUUUUCUGCCUGUGGGGCAGUUCUCAUCCUCUGCAUGAUCGCCCUCCAGGACGAAGCAAGUGUCAUCGUUAUUGGUAUUUUAUAUGGCUUUUUCGCGGGAUGCAUCGUUACUUGUAUGAGCCCGUUGCUCGCGGUGCUAACGGAGGACAUGUCCGAGCUUGGUGCUCGUCUCGGUAUUUCCGUUGCAAUCAGUGGCAUUGGGAUCCUUGUUGGCCCGCCUAUCGAUGGUGUACUGCUCACUGAACAGUUCAUCUGGUGGCGACCCGCGCUUUUCAGCGGCCUCAUGGCGCUGACGGGUUUCGCGCUAUUUGUGGUCAUGCUAACUCUCCCGCCGGCGUCGCCUAAAAAAGUUCACGCUAGGGCCAACAUGAAGAUCACAGGCAAAGAAGUCAUGGUGGUCAACAUCGAGUUGGCAGUGGUCGAUGAUCACGAGGAUAUGGACCGGUGCGAGGAUGUGUGA